UCAACGAUCUCCACAAGUUUCUACCACCAUAGUUUCAUCACAGAGUCAGAAAGAGUAAGUUAGUGAAGAGAAAGAUCAGAGAUCAAUGGCUUCUACCCAAUGUUUCUUGCACCACCAUGCCCUUAGCACUCCGGCCAGAUCCCCAUCACAACGCAUCAUGGUUAGCACCAAGCCUAACCACCUUGUGUGCAAGGCCCAGAAACAGACACCACCCCAAGAGGAUCACGUCACUCCUAUCUCUCGCCGUUUAGCUCUCACUGUGCUCAUUGGUGCUGCUGCUGUCGGCUCCAAAGUCCAACCUGCAGAUGCAGCUUAUGGUCAAGCUGCCAAUGUGUUUGGAAAGCCAAAGGAAAACACAGAUUUCUUGCCAUACAAUGGAAAUGGAUUCAAACUAUCGAUUCCCUCAAAGUGGAACCCAAGCAAAGAGGUUGAGUACACAGGCCAGGUUCUUAGAUACGAGGAUAACUUUGAUACAACCAGCAAUGUCGUUGUCACAGUCACUCCAACUGAUAAGAAGUCCAUCACUGACUAUGGUUCACCCGAAGAAUUCCUCUCAAAGGUGGAUUAUUUACUAGGAAAACAGGCCUUCUCUGGUGAAACUCAAGCUGAGGGUGGUUUUGAUCCAAAUGCUGUGGCCACAGCUAACAUCUUAGAGACUGCAACACCUGUGGUUGAUGGGAAGCAGUACUAUGUAUUGACUGUGUUGACAAGGACAGCUGACGGAGAUGAAGGUGGGAAGCACCAACUGAUCAGAGCAACCGUAAAGGAUGGAAAACUGUACAUUUGCAAGGCUCAAGCUGGAGACAAGAGAUGGUUUAAGGGAGCAAGAAAAUUUGUGGAGAGCACAGCAAGUUCUUUCAGUGUUGCUUAAAAAAGUUGAAUAGCAGGUUAUAUAUAUAUAUGCUAUGUGUAAAUCAACCUUAAGUGCAUCUUAUCUAUGUUUUUUGAGUUGUCCACGAGUUUCAUAAUUUAAGGGACUUGGCUGGAUUAAGUAUCUCAAUACUUUUGUAUUCUUGCCCUUGUAAAGACACUCACCAUCCCCUUUUCCUCC